GUUAACUCGCGGACUAGAGUGACAAUUUAUAUAUAUACUUGCCGAGGUGACUAUAUACGCCAAAUGAUGACAGACAGAAAAAGAAGUUCCUCGGUUAGUUUUACACCCGGUCGAGAAGAUGACAAAGAUGAGAUCCAAAUAUCACUGGCUCCGUAUAUACAAAACUAUUUAGCUCACAGCAGACAGGGCACUGGAUGCUGUGGAAUAGGUCUUCCUAUACCGUUUGAAAGAGCAGCUAGACAGUCCUGGUGGAAUCCAAAGUUUGAUUCUGAAAUUCUUGAAGAUCAGUACAGAAGAAGUGCUUUUCCCCAGCUUCGUCUGCGGUUCAGAUACGCACUGGUGUAUAUAUUAUUGACAUCACUGUCCUGGCUGACGUACUUCUCGGUAACGGGGCUGGAAAAAAACCCAGAAAUAAAUUACAGCAAGCCAUCAACAUGGCUGAUAUCUUUGAUAAUAUUUACAAUAAUAAUAGUAACAAUUUCUUCAGCUCUAGUCCUGACCUACACCAAGUACUACCGAUCAAACAUGAUGAUGACAUCCGUGGGAGUGUCGACCUUGCUAUGUGUGCUAUCACUCUCAUUUCUGAUACUAGUACCUCCAGCCAGUGGGCUGACUCUGGUAGGACACUUUGCACUCUGUGGAGAAAUACUACUGCUUAUUUACACGGUAAUUCCGCUGCCCUUGUACGCCAGCGUCGGUCUCUGUACUCUGUACUCAAUUUUAUUUGAAGUGUUGAACGCAAGUUUGUACGACAAGAUCCGUUACUCUACAGAGAACGGCAGAAAUUUAAAAAUGGAUUUUAGCACGACGUUGAUAAUAAGAAUUUUAAUGCAAAUAUCUAUCCACAUAAUUGGAGUUCAUAUUUUAAUAAUGACCUUCGUGAGGAUGAGAGGGACUUUCAUGAAGGUGGGGCAAUCCCUUUUGGUGCGCAAGCAGUUGGAGAUGGAAAAGCAGCUCAAGGAGAAGAUGAUCCACUCGGUAAUGCCUCCGAAGGUCGCAGACUGGCUGAUGGAAGAGAGCGAGCGGGAGAGAGAGCGUGAGGACUCCCUGAAGAAGGGCUCGAUACCCUCGAAUAACACCGCCGACAUCAGGUCGUUGUUUCGUCCGUUCAACAUGCACUCUAUGGAAGACGUCAGUAUUUUAUUCGCGGACAUUGUGGGAUUCACCAAAAUGAGCUCGAACAAAACUGCUGAGGAGCUUGUUGAUAUUCUGAAUGACUUGUUUGAAAGGUUCGAUGACCUUUGUGUCCAACAUGGCUGCGAGAAAAUUUCCACCUUGGGUGAUUGCUAUUACUGUGUCAGCGGGUGUCCAGAGCCGAGGUCAGACCACGCGAGGUGCUGCGUCGAGAUGGGUCUCGCGAUGAUCGAAGCGAUUAAUCAGUUUGAUAUUGAGAGAAGGGAGGGAGUUAAUAUGAGAGUUGGUGUUCACACUGGAACGGUUCUCUGUGGGAUUGUUGGAACUAAGAGGUUCAAGUUUGAUGUUUGGUCUAAUGACGUUACUUUUGCUAAUAAACUGGAGAGCACCGGGAAACCUGGGAGGGUUCAUAUCACACCAACGAGCUACUCGCCGUUUAUCAAUGCCAGGCAGCGUCUUGCGUCUUGCAAUAAUCAGUCCAAAGGAAAACAUUAUCUCUACAUGGUGACAAACGCCAAUAGCCAUAAAAUAAAAGCCAACUCCUUGCCGAGCAUCCUGGAUUCUGAAAAUGAUUAUGAUGAGGAGAACGACAACGACAAUAACAGUGAUAGGAAGGACGAUGUCAAUAAGAGUCCGCUGUCUACUGCAAGUUGUGGGAAAAAAAAGUCAAAAAAGCCCUGGAGAUAUUUGCAUAGACAGAGAACUACCGGGGACAUGGAUAUGAGACGCUCCGAGUCUAAGGAGUCUGAGGAGCGUAAUGGAUUCAAUGGAGUUGUAGUCGAGGGCAUAGAAAUGGACCCAAAUCCAGCACCAGCUAGCCCUCUGUUACCUCGCGAUGAUGUAAUGAGUCAUCACUCGUCAUCGAUUUGCAGCAGAAAAGACUCCGGAAUACGCAGCAACAGCCGCAGAAGUAGUAUACAACAGCAGCUGUUUCUUAUGAACGGAAUGGCCCAAGGAGACUUACUAGGUCACAGAGUCAGCGGUUAUUACACCUCAAGCUCGACAUUAAAUUCACUUCAAGAUCCUCCGUCGUCAGCGCCGAAUUUUCCAUUUCCGCCAAUUCUUACCGAUACAUUCGGGGUUUGUUUUCAUAAAUUACGCAAACAAUCUGAUCUUCAAUUAAUAAGAUGCGUCCAAGACAAUGUGAGCUCCCAGAGCUCUUAUUUCGUGACUCCACCACUAUCAACAGUAACCCUGUUCUUUAAAAACAAAGAAAUGGAAAAAGAGUACCGCGAGAAUGCCCACAAAGCCUCUGAAUCCCUAGGAGACAGCCCACCAACUCUAGCAACCGCAAGAUUCAACACCUACUUCGACAUUCUGGUCUCAGCGAUAGUCUACACAGCAAUAACAAUUUCCCUAUUCCUGCUCGGCAAGCCAACAAUUUACUUCAUAGUCUUCAGCGUGAUCGCGACUCUAAUUCAAGUAUCUGUCGUCGUGCUCUGCAUUCGCCAACUAGUAGACCCUUACUCGUUAUACGCAACGUACACCCAGAUGAUAUUCAGUUUUUUUACGCGGUGGUACCCUUGGCACGGCUGUGGCGCUCUUCUAGUCGGCUUACCGAUAAUCUCCAUUCUGCUGAACUUGUGCUGUAACAACAGCUACCGAGUAACGCUGAUAAACUUUGAGUAUUACUAUAGCUACCUGAUGUUCGUCGGUCUGAUACACUUUUGCAAUUUCACCCAGUUGAAUUGUUGGAUGAAAAACUUUUUGGUGACUCUCUCAGCUAUACUAUUUAUCACUUUAGUUGUCAGUAAUAUUACCGUCAGUACUUAUCUAAUUAAAAAUGAUAUUUCUCAACACAAUAAAUCUCUCAAUGGAUUGAAUCUCAGUUUCAAUGAAUUAAAAAGAUUACCACGAGAUAUUAUACCGAUAGUGCCUGUAGCGAAUGAUAUUGAAGUUACUGACAAAAUAUUACCCACAACAACAGUAAUUACUCAGAGUAAUGUAAUUAAUGAAUCAACAACUGUAAAAUCAAACUCAGAUGAGAUAAUAAUCUCAAAAAGAUCUGAUUCUUACAAUGAACGGUUGUACAAACAAGAAAUAUUCCUAGAUAUUAUGUUGCUGUUAUUUUUGGUCUGGUUUUUAAACCGAGAGUUUGAAAUAAGCUACCGAUUAAGCUUCCACGGCAACGCGGUAGCAGCGGGAGAUAAAACCCGGGUCCAAGCAAUGAAGAACCAAGCCGACUGGCUUCUGCACAAUAUUAUCCCCAAGUACGUAGCCGACCAGCUUAAAACAACCGCUAAGUACUCGCAAAACCACAAAUCCGUGGGGAUAAUCUUCGCGAGCAUAGUCAACUUCAACGAGCUGUACGAUGAAUCUUAUCUGGGAGGCAAAGAGUACCUGAGAGUGCUCAACGAGCUGAUAGGAGACUUUGACGAGCUGCUGGAGAAACCAGAGUUCAGCAAUGUCGAGAAGAUAAAAACAAUUGGCAGCACCUUCAUGGCCGCCAGCGGACUCAAUCCGCAGGUUAGGCAGCAAAAUAAACAUGAAUAUUGCCACUUGUUUCAGCUGAUAGACUUUGCCAUGGCCAUGCAGAAGGUCAUCUAUGACUUCAACAGAGACUUACUGGGGUUCAAGUUGAUUUUGAGAGUCGGGUUUAAUUAUGGAGACGUUACUGCGGGAGUUAUUGGCGCUACUAAGCUGUACUAUGAUAUUUGGGGCGAUGCUGUUAAUAUCGCUUCGAGGAUGGAUUCUACUGGUGUACCCGGGAAAAUUCAAUUUGCAAGCAAUUGUGUGGAUGUUUUGAGCGAAAAGUACGAAUUUGAACCCCGUGGGCAGGUUUAUGUCAAAGGAAAAGAUAAUAUGGACGUUUUUUUACUGUCCAGAAAGAAAUCUGAUGAUAUUAAUGGCACCGGGGUUAUUUGA